CCGAUUAAUAUAGUAGCAAUGCCGAAAAAAAAGAAAACGGGGCAGCGCAAGAAGGCGGAGAAGCAGAAGCAACGGCAGAAAGAGAUCCGCAACGCGCGCGGCCAUGUCGACCUGGCGCAGCACCCCUGUAACGGGCCCAUGGAGUGCGAUAAGUGCCAGAAAAAGCAGAAGAGUCGCGCAUUCUGCUACUUCUGUGCGGCAGUACAGCGGCUGCCGGUGUGCGCGCACUGCGGCAAGGGCAAGUGCAUGGCCAAGUCGGGCGACUGCGUCGUCCGGCACCCUGGGGUCUAUGUCACAGGCCUCGCCAUGGUGGGUGCAAUCUGCGACUUCUGUGAGGCGUGGGUGUGCCACGGGCGCAAGUGCCUCACGGCCCACGCCUGCACCUGCCCGUUGACUGACGCAGUCUGUCUUGAGUGUGAGCGAGGCGUGUGGGAGCACGGCGGGCGCGUGUUCCGCUGCUGCUUCUGCGAGGGCUUCCUGUGCGAGGACGACCAGUUCGAGCACCAGGCCUCCUGCCAGGUCCUCGAGGCCGAGACCUACAAGUGUCAAUCGUGCAACCGGCUGGGGCAGUACUCGUGCCUGCGCUGCAAGACGUGCUUCUGCGACGAGCACGUGCGCCGCCGCGGCGCCGCGCCCAAGAAGGGUCCCCCGCCCUGCCCCAAGUGCGCCUACCCCACGCAGCUCACCGCCGACCUCAGCAUGUCCACUCGCUCACACCGCUACGGACGCCAGGGCACGGCGGCCGACGACGACGGCUACGGCGGCUACUCGGGCUACGGCCAGCCUGCGGGCGGCUACGGCGGCGGCUCGGGCGACGACUACGACUCGGAGUCGGACGACGACGACGACGACGAUGACGACGACGACGACGAGGAGGAGUCGGAGGAGGAGGAGGCGGCGGCGGCAACCGCGGCCGCCGACAAAACAUAACUGCAAUACUUAUAUAAAUAUACU